AUGCCACCGUCACCCUCACUGAGGAGAUCAAGGUCUCCUGCACGGGAGACUUAUCACAAGAGGACCAACAGUUUCGGAAAUGUGCUUCCUGCGAAAUCAAAGGAUGACGAACUCGCUUUGUUCUCUGAUAUGCAGAAAGUUGAGACGGAGAACUUCUUACUGGAACCGUCAGAGGAUUUUGAUGACUCAAUCGCAAAAUUGAGCUAUUUCCCGGAAGUAAAACUUGGUGUUAACAUUCCUGCCCAUGGAGAAAGCCAUGAUUUGCUUAAUGCGGACGGCGAUAAAAAUGAUUAUGAGUGGUUAUUAACUCCUCCAGAAACUCCACUUUUUCGAUCUUUGGAUGACGAAGAAAACCAAUCCAUCACUCAGGUUUCUAGGGGCAGAGCUCAGAGCAAGCCUAUACAAAUUUCAAGAUCAUCCACGAUGGAUAAUAGUCAAAGAGCUAGUAGAAGCAGUGCAAGCCCAAGUAGGCUUAGCCCAUCGCCACGCUCUAUGGGAAGGACAAGAUCAUCUAGUUCAGCUUCUCGCUCUAGCCCACCACUUGCUGUUCAAUCACAAAUGCCAUCACGAAGAUCGUCAACCCCUCCGAUUGCUAAGACAUUAACACCUCCUCGAAGGUCUCCAAGUCCUGUCUCAAGGAGGAUGAGUACUGGUUCAAGUGGUCCAACUUUGAAUGGAACAAGAGGAGCUUCACCAGUGAAACCUAAUCGCAGAUCUUCUUCACCAAAGCUGCAUGGAUGGCAAUCAAAUGUUCCUGGUUUCCCUUUCGAUGCGCCUUCAAACCUUCGCACAUCUCUAACUGAUCGUCCAGUAUGCCGGUCAAGGGGUGGAUCACCUUCAUCUUUUAGUGGACUAGAAAAGGGUUCAAGAGGUAGAAGACAGUCAAUGUCUCCCACUCCAUCUAGAAGAGCCAAUUCAUCUCACAGCAUUGAACGGGACCGAAUGAGCUCUUACAGCAAAGCUUCUGCAACAUCAUCUGGUGAGGAUGAUCUGGAUUCUAUGCAGUCUGUACCAAUUAGCUACUCCAGUAGCCCAGUUGUGAAAAAGAGCUUGGUUGUGAUGAAAACCAGAACCAUUGCAUCAUCAAAGAAUCUGUCCAAAAAUUUCACACCUAGUUCUGUCCCGAAGCGGUCAUUUGACUCUGCACUUUGGUUGCUGGAUCACCGCAAAGCUCCACAAGAUAGGUUCCGACCACUUCUAUCAGGUGCCCCUGCCAGCACAUUUGGGGCUGGGAAUGGAAUUGAUGUGCACAAACCUAUGUUCUCACACAAUUCCUCUUUGACAACUAGCAGCAAUGCAAGCUCUUACCAUGGUGCCACUUUUGGCUCUUAUACACCUGGCAGCCAAGAGCAACGUGAUUUGGUUGGUGAAUGGGAAGAAGAUGAUAGUUCUCGGGGUCAUGAGGAUAUAUUUAUGUUUGAUAAAUUGGAUGAGCUAAAUGAAGAAGACAUUCAUUACAAGAGCACGGAAUCUACGGAUAAUUCACUGGUCAUAGUAAAACAUCUAGUAAGUGGAAGACAGGACUUGGAAGGAAGCAGAAGACCUAAUCAGUCCUUAUGCCAUUCUACUGAUAGUUCUCAGGUUGGCAAUAGUAAAAUUGCUACUUGCUCUAGAUGUUGGAAGUUAUUUGAUGCGAUGGAUGUGGAUGAAGAGGGUGUCUAUUGUGAUGUAUGUGCUGCAAAGGUUGGGAAUAUCUUCACCGGUUCUACUGUACAAACUAUAGGAGAAGAAAACCAGCAAUAUGAUAAAACUGCAAAAUUGAAACCUUGCAUCGCAUCUGAUCCUCCCAUACCCACAGAUUGUAUAGGCUAUAGCAAAGAAGUAUCUCUUGAUCAUCAACUAGUGAACAGUGAAUCUUACACUGAUUGCCUGGAUCAGGUCCCUCCAAUUCACUCAAUGGGGCACACACCUCAGGAAAUGCUACUGGGGCAGGAGGAAAAGAUAGACGCAGAGCAUAGAAAGAAACAUGUUGGGGACUCAUUAGGAAAUACAAACGAUAUUUCCUUUCAUCGAUCUAGUGUGACUGAAUGUGAAGAAACAGAACCAACAUCUGUGGGGCAUGACCUUUUCAUCAGAGACCAAAUGGAUAACCAUAAUCAUGGAUUGUCCCAAUGUAUUGAAACUGUCUCUGAAACUAUGACCAGUGACAAUUCUCAACUGGGAUCAACUACAUAUCAAAACCCUAAACUUGAAACUACUGAGGGUACUGGGAUAUCAGUAUUGUUAGUCCCUAAGUCAAACAGCAAUAAAUGGCCUGUUGUAGAAGGGAGGGCCCUGGCUGCUACAAGUAUUCUCUGUUCAGAACCCUAUUAUGCAAGAGAUGGUGUCAGUAUGAUGAAGCGUAGCUUUGGACUGGACAGCUCUUCAGCUGCUUCUUCCAGUGAUCUUGGGUCUUCGAGGCAAUCAACCAUAUGUUUUGAGCGCCUUAGGAGUGGUAAGAGGGGUGACUUUGAGAAGUCUCAGAUAAGCAGUACUAUGAGUCGUCAAAGCAUUGCUUCUGUGUCAGAUAUGUCAAUUUGUAGCUCUUCAGCUUCACUUUGCCCUCAGAGUGAUGCAGUAGGAGAUUCCUGUUUCCCAAUUGACACUUUGGAAAGCAGUACUUCAAGAACAUUGAUCUCUUCUGAAGAAAAUGAUGCUUUUUGUAAGGAUGCUUUGCCAAGUGCUAUGGAAUAUUCGUUUUCUUCACAGGUUAUUGCCGAUGAUGACAGUCCCGUUGACUUGAAAAGUGAGCUAGGAGAUACAACAGUUGAGAAUCAUAGUGCUGGCAGAAUGGCUGACAUGGAUCAUACCAGUACAAAUAUGUAUUCUUUAGAUACUGAAAUGCCAAGUGAUACCCGAGAGUCAUCAGGCCUAGAGGAAAGUUGCAUGCCUGAAACUGAAGAGGAUACUUAUGCCAUCAGUCAGUGCAAUAAAGGUAGUGCUCCUGAACAUUCAAGUGAUGAGAACAACUUUGAUGAUAUUCAAAUGCAGUCCGAAAUAGUUCAGGGUUCAGCUGAGGAAAACAGAUUGGAUGAUUGCUGCAUGUCUGCCAUCUCCGAGGAGGACGUGUUGAUUUCUGGACAAGAAGCUGACAUAAGGAAACUUCCCAAUGAUGAAGAAUUUUGUGCGGAAGUAGAAGGAUCAAGGAAACAAAUCCAGAGAUGCUUCACAUUGGAAGAGGCUGCUGAUACAAUUCUCUUCUGUAGUUCUAUUGUCCAUGACCUUGCAUACAAGGCUGCGACUAUUGCAUUGGAAAACAAGAAGGAAUCAGAGUUUGUCGACUCUAUUCGCCCAACUGUUACAAUAGUCGGAGGAUCUUUUCCUAGGGAAGAGAGUUUACCAAAGCUGCCUCACAGACGAACUCCAAAUCGUAAGGUCAAAAGGAAAAGAUUGGAAGGUGAAACAACUACAACGGAAACUACAGAGAAAGAUGCUGUUGCGAAAGACUCCCCCCCUGUAUGUUCUGCAUCGGGUAUUGCAAGGAAUUCUGAUAAUAUGAAACCUCCAAAGCUGGAGUCCAAGUGCAACUGUAUAAUCAUGUAA